AUGGCAUCUUCACUUCACCUAAAAAACGUUCUCGCGUCAAGUCCUUCUCCAUAUGUAAGUCACAAUCCUGCUCUGGCGCCUGUAUCGCACGCUGACAGCUACAAGCUCCGCGCUCAUAAAGACAACCCAGUGGCAUGGCAGGAAUGGGGGCCUAUGGCUACCGAGCAUGCAAAGACACAUCAACGCAUGAUAUUCCUUAGUGUGGGUUACACCGCAUGCCAUUGGUGCCAUGUCAUGGAAAAGGAGUCGUUCUCCUCGCCUGAAGUCGCCGAAGUGCUCAACAAAAACUUCAUUCCUAUUAAGCUUGACAGAGAAUCUCGGCCAGACCUUGAUGAGAUAUACAUGAACUUUGUCACAGCCACGACCGGACAUGGAGGUUGGCCACUUAACGUCUUCCUUACUCCAGAUUUGAAGCCAAUCUUUGGUGGCACCUACUGGCCAGGCCCAGUUUCAAGCACGACUGCACCUUCUGGAAUUGAUGACGACAAGCCUCUGAACUUCCUCGAUGUUCUGAACAAGAUGGUCGAUGUCUGGAACAGGGAGCGACAGAGGUGUCUGCUGUCGGCCGAAGACAUGACCCAGCAGUUGCAGGAGUUUGCGCUCGAAGGCAGCUAUCGAUCGACGCGGCCCAGUAGUCCUGCGGGAUCCAAUGAUGCCGAGCCUAUAGAUCUUGAUCUCCUUGAUGAUGCAUUGGCACAUUUUGUCACCAAGUACGACAGAGACAUGGGCGGCUUUAGUAUCGCACCAAAGUUUCCCAUGCCAGUCAACUUACGUUUCUUACUGCGUCUUGGUGCCUCUGUUAGAAAUGACGGACGGGCUAGAACACACACUAGGUUCGGUUUUCCAGCUCCAAUACCUGCUAUACUUGGCAAGAAGUCGUGUACAACAGCUGCCACUAUGGCACUACACACCCUCCUUGCGAUGUCUAGAUCUGGCCUCAGAGAUCACCUGGGCCACGGCUUUCACAGAUACAGUGUUACACCUGAUUGGAACCUACCACAUUUCGAGAAAAUGCUUUACGAUAAUGCUGAGUUACUGGCAGUCUAUUGCGAUGCAUGGGCUCUGAGUCAGAAUCCGGAAAUACUGGGCACAAUCUAUGACCUAGUCGAGUACUUCACGAGCAUGGAGUCGCCUAUCGUACGAAGACAAGGAGGAUGGUUUUCAAGCGAAGAUGCAGAUUCAUAUCCAGGCCUGAAUGCACAGGAUGAAAAGAAGGAAGGUGCCUACUACGUCUGGACAAUGAAAGAGUUCAAACAAAUCCUGGGGGACCGGGACGCAAGCAUUCUUGCACGGCACUUCGGGGCACGACCUGACGGGAACGUUCCAGCCAAGUACGACGUUCACGACGAGCUCCUGAACCAGAACACCAUCUUCGUCAGCGUCACACCUUCGAUGCUCGCGAAAGAGUUCAAACUCAAAGAAGCCGAUAUCGUCAAGAUCAUAAAGUCUGGAAAGUCAAAAUUGGAAGAAUACAGAUCGGCCAAUCGAAGCAAACCAGACAUCGACGACAAGGUCAUUGCAUCCUGGAACGGUUUGGCUAUCAACGCUCUCGCCAGAGCAGCAGCAACUCUCAGCCAAAUCGACGAAGGACGAGCCCAGAAGUGUCGCGAUGGUGCAAUCCGUGGCCUAAUGUUCAUCAAGAACGAAAUGUACAACCCAAAAACAGGAAAACUAACACGGAUACACAACCCGACAUCCGCUCAAGACGACCCAACGCGCGACCUCGCAUUCGUCGACGACUACGCCCACAUCAUCAAGGCCGCCAUCGGCGUCUACGACUUGACGCUCGACUUCCAAUACCUCGACUUUGCAUUCAAGCUGCAAGAAACGCUCGAUCAACACUUCCUGGCAGGUACUACCUCAGGCGGCUACCUGCAAGCCGCAAAAGUCGACUCGCCUACCACGUUACCAGAACAGAUCCUGCGUCUCAAGCCAGGCACAGAUAAUACCGUCCCCUCACCCAACGGCAUCAUCGUCUCGAAUCUCUUCUACCUCUCUUCAUAUGCCAAGACAGCACCACAAUUACAAAAUGAUCUAGCGCUCGGUGACAGGUUAUACAUGCAAGCGAAAGGCACUAUUGACGCGUUCGCCGUCGAAGCACUACAGCAUCCAUUCCUGUAUGUUACGUUACUGGCUGGCGUGGUCAUGGAGAAUCUGGGUAUGCAUAGCUUGAUGGUGCCGCCUGAUAUGUCGUUGGAGGAGGUGCAGAGACGGGGGCUGCGAGGGUUCUCGCGGACUGUGGUUAGAGGGCCGGACGGGAUGAGGAGUGGUGAGGUUAUGAUAUGUACGAGGGAUGGGGUUUGUAGGCCGUUGAAGGAGGGAGAGUUGGAUGUGGGUGAUGAAGAGAGUGGUGGUGCUGGUUCAACGGCUUGA